AUAUACAUAACUUAGGGUAUAACUACAGCAAUUCACAAUGUAAGAUAAAUUAGUUUGUGGUAAAAAGAAAAGUCUGAUGUUUUUAGCAGGCCCUUCCUUUCGCAGACAAAGGAUCCCUUUCUCUUAUUCAUCGUAACAAAACUACGUGCUUCGUCGGAUCCUGUAGUCUCGCGUUUAAAUUAGAGCGUUUAUUUGUUACCUCCCUUACAUUUGUUGCCAAUAACAACGAGGCGUUCUGUACUUUUUGGAGAAACAGUUUCUCUUCGCACUUCGCCACCACUGCCUCUACACAGUCUAUACAGUGUCAUUACACCGUCACUACCACCACCUCUAUACAAUCUCGGUCACUACCACUGCCAUUACCUCUGUCGCUACACUAUCGCACCGUCACCACUGCUACUACAGAGUACUGCACCAGUACUAUCACCCACUCUGUACCGCCACUCUAAUAUUACAUUAACUAAAGCUACAAUGGAAACAGUUGGUAUGUCGAUGGGCAGUGUCCCUUUGCCUCAAUCUCACACUGCUACGAUUGUUGUUUGGAAUGAUUUGGACUUAGAAAACUCUGAAAGUCUUUUGGAAGCCCCAACACUGAAAGAUGUGAAAGAGAUCCUUGCUGAAAUUUUUAAACUUUAUAAUUAUGCAACAGUACAAAAAGAAGGGAUUCUUCUAAAUCUUUACACAUAUGCUGUACAAUUUGCAAGAGAAGAAGACUUCACAAAUGAACAGUUAUCUGCCUAUUUUUCAAUUGUAAAACGUGUUCAUGAAGUCUGUGUAGAAAGCCCAUUUGGUAACUUGGAAGAAACGUUCACAUAUUUUAAAGACCUCCUUGUAUCUCACAGUGUCUGUCGUCCACCAUUCAGCAUCGAACUGUUUUCAUCAGAAGAAAUAAAGAAGAUCUCCGACCAUGUGAUUAAAACAUAUUUUAGACAUUUUAAGCUCUAUAAGUUUGCAUUCACUCAACAGGUGCGGCUUGAUUUAGUUUUGAACUACACUGGACCAUCAGAUUCCGAUGCAAGCCAAGAAAUACAAAUUGAGUCUGAGAAGGAGGAAAAAGAAAAAUCUGAGUCUGAAGAAUCUCAAGAAGAAAUAAUUAUAAAUGCUGAGAAAGAAGUAGAGAUGCCCCCUGAAUCUGUAAAAGGUUAGUUAGCAGAUACCUUAAAUCAUCAUCA